UUACUACAUGUUAAAGAAAUGAAAGUUAAAUCUUGUCUACAUCACUGUAACAAUUCAAACAUCUUUGCCAAAUUUAAGCUGCUUGGCAGGCUUCUACCACUUCUUUUAAAAUCAUCUUUUGAAUUCACUGCCAGGCUCAAAUCAAAUGCCAGAUCACUUACAAUCGAACCCUUCACUGUUUGGCAGUCUCAGGCAGCAUGCCUAGGCUGCAGGCUUUGGAGCCACCUGCAAGGCUCUGUUAACAGUAACGCUUGAGUAGCAGAGGAAAUCAGACCAAGUAAAGCUCUGGGCAGGUCACGUGGUUGCCUGGCAGUGGGACGAGGGCGUGGGCAUGCCAGCAAGCAGACUGGAGCACAGGCCAUAUGGGCGUCCCGCUCCUGGACACUGGCACGUGGUUAGCUCCUGAUCUGAGGCCAGGUUCGGAAAAGACUGAACGGGAGAAUCGUAGCAGGGAAAGGGGUGCAUUAGAUUGGGACGAGAGGGAAAGGAGGUCGAAAGGCAGUGUGGAGCUGGCACAAAGCGGGAGUGGAUUGUCAAACGGCAGGGCACAGAACAAGACAGGCAGUGUGGGGCCGCUGCCUCCAUGUUCCUGAGAAAGAGCCCCGGGUCCCUCUCACCAGCCAGGAGACAGAACAAGGAGAAGGAAAUCAAGGAGACCAAAACCACAAUCAACUUCGUCACGUUCCCAUUGGUACAGUCUACGCCUGAGCAGCAACUCCUCAAACCCAAUGAGUGGAGCUACUGCGACUAUUUCUGGGCCGAUAAGAAGGACCCUCAGGGGACGAACACGGUAUCGGGCUUCGAGGUUCUGCUGCAAAAACAGCUGAAGGGCAAACAGAUGCAGAAGGAGAUGGCUGAAUUCAUUAGGGAAAGAAUAAAGAUUGAAGAAGAGUACGCCAAGAACCUCUCCAAGCUUUCCCAGAUCCCGCUUGCUGCUCAAGAAGAGGGGACACUUGGCGAGGCUUGGAGCCAGCUAAAGAAGAGUUUGGCCGAUGAAGCAGAGGUCCAUCUCAAAUUCUCCUCAAAGCUUCAGUGCGAGGUGGAGAAGCCACUGUUGACGUUCAGAGGGGACAACUUCAAGAAGGACAUGAAGAAAUACGACCACCACAUUGCUGACCUGAGGAAACAGCUGGUCAGUCGUUAUGCUGCCGUAGAGAAGGCCCGUAAGGCUCUGGCAGAUAGGCAGAAGGACCUGGAGGUGAAGACCCAGCAACUGGAGAUCAAACUGAGCAACAAGACUGAAGAGGACAUCAAGAAGGCCCGACGGAAAUCCACUCAAGCAGGUGAUGACCUGAUGCGCUGUGUGGAUCUCUACAAUCAAGCCCAAUCUAAGUGGUUUGAAGAGAUGGUCACUACAAGUUUGGAGUUGGAAAGGCUUGAGGUGGAGAGGGUGGAGAUGAUACAGCAGCACCUGCUCCAGUACACAACCCUACGCCGCGAGACAGACAUGUUCAACCAAAGUACCCUGGAGCCGGUGGACCAGCUCCUCCAGAGUGUGGAUCCAGCCAAAGACAGAGAGCUGUGGGUGCGGGAGCACAAGACAGGGGAUCUGAGACCUGUGGACAUGGACAUUUAGAGGACACUAAACUAAUAAUAGAAGACAACCACAUCCACACACACACACACACACACACACACACACACUACACACUUCACACUUCACCCAAACUAUUCAAGUCUGCCUGUCUGUCUGUACAACACUUCAAGUUCUCGGCCAAAGCCAUACAGCAUUGUCCCACUCAAGCCAGCAUUUGUUUCCUUCAAUAUCUUUCCAUGGACAUACAAAUUGCAAAGUUACAAAGACUGGUGAUAUAAUUUAUAUCAACCAGUUUACAGGCUGAGUGCCUGUAAUCUGCUCAGCACUUUGUUUUGCAUGAAUAAAAAUCCACCAGCCUUAUUGAUCUUCAACACCCACAGAUAUUAUUUUACUGCAUCAACAUGUUGAUCAAGGUACAUAUGCAUAUACACAGUACAAGCAGUAAAAUCUUUUAAAAUAAAUAUUACAGUUAACUACAUUCAGGCAACAUUCAUGUUGCUAACAGAAGCACAUACAAAUGCCUAAAUAUGUUGACAUUAUGGAAGCAUGUAUAAAUCUGACCAUUAUUUCUAUAAAAUAAUGGCUUUAAAAAAAGUAAAUCAGUCAUUUAUCAUAGUGUUCAAAAAAUGCUUUCUACAGGAAGAACCAGCUGCAGUUUGAAAAAGGCAGCAGUCUGAACCUAAGUAACCAGCAUGAUCCCAUUUGUAGAAUUUGUGCGGAUUAAUAUUCUAUUAUAGUGUCACUGUAUAGUUAUGUUGUUAGAUCCGUAAUGUAGUAAAAAAAAAAAAAAAAUACAGAAUUUAUUGCAAUGAGAAAUACAAUAGAAUUUUUAUUAUAUUCAUACCCUACCUAAAUCUACAACAUGAACUCUUGUUGACAAAAAAAAAAAAAAAAAAAAAAAAAGCCUGAACAAAAUGCAUUAUCUAGGUGCGGAUAUUUUUUAAAAAUAUUUUUGCAGACUUGUUUUGCAAAGAAGCAUGUAGAUCUCAAAAAAUGCGGUGAUGAAUAGUUCUAUUUCACCUACAGAAUAAUAUUUGUGUAAAAAAAUUUCAGCCCAUUGACUGUGUUCAUAGAGUACGUGUCUGCAAAAUACUGCAUUCGUAAGCCCAAUCAUGUAAUUUCUCCUCAAUCGAAGCCAAGAAACCUCUUUAUGCAGAACAUAAUCAGCUCUGAGCAACAUCGUAAUCUCAUUCUGCUUUCAUUUCAAGUUCAGUUGGAGAAGUUACUAGAGCUGGUAUUAAGGAUAAACUUUAGACUUGAGUGUAGAAACUGGUUUAAUUUAAACAAAGAAGAAGAAGAAGCCUUUAUUUGUCACGUAUAUAUUACAGUACAUGUAAAUGUACUGUAAUGUACAGUAUAUGUGACAGUAAAUGGGACAUGAUCAUUUGUAUUAUGUACACUCUUAGAAUAAAGGGUUCUUUAAGGGUUAACCUAUUAUUGUAUAUUAAGGGUUCUCUACUACUACUCUUUCUGAUAAGGAACCAUUCUGUUGUAUAGUUCUACAUAGAACCUUUAAGGAGUUCCCCAGAGGGACAACAGCAGAGCCCUUAAGGUUUCUAACUCAUCUAAGAGUGUAUAAUGUACACCUUUUAGUGCCUAAAGUUAUGUCUUGGAAUGUUCAUGUUGUUUUCUGUCUGUACAUAGGUGUAAAUAUGUGUGUGUCAUGUUCCUUUUUUGGUGUCUGCAAAUGUCAUAAGCAAAAUCUAACGAAAUUCUUGUGUAAUGGUGAGUUAAUGUGGGAUUGUUCACAUAUUGAGACCUCGGUUAAACAUUUUUAUAUCAAGACCCAUUUGUGGUAGGCAGUUGAACACUGUAGGCUUGAAACCAUUUAUAUUAUAUUAGCAAAAUGUAUUGAAUAUUACAUUUCUCACUAGUUUCACACAGCAAGCCUUGUUUCUCAAGCUGGAUAUGAACAUAUUUAUUUGUAAAUCGUUCACAGCGGCUAUUUAAACAUGAAAUGUAGUAUUCAUGAAAAUUGAGUUAGUUUGGGAGGAAAAACAUUCAUAUCCUACAAAAGCUCCUGAGUUUGUAUAAAUUUAUGUAUAAGGAAACUGCUUAAUGUAAACCGUGAGUGAUUGGUUCAAAUUGUAUAAAUGAUGAUAAGUUACCUGAAAGAAUGUAAUCCAGAAUAAAUCCAUAAAUUAAGACAACCAAGCCCAGUCAUUUAAUAUAGGAUAAACCUAAUUGCAGCCUAUAAAAUGAGGAAGAGUUUGUGUGAGUCUGUUAGAUGUCUGUUAGGUAGAUGUUACCUGACACACUGCAAUGGUUGAGCUACAUUACUGGAAAAUUUUUGUGCACACCACACUUAGAAGGUGCUCUUUCACUGUGUAGUCAUGUUGUUGUUUUCAGCUCUGUGAUGUUUUAUGGAGUUUGUAUUUAUGUAAAACAGCUAUGUCAUAUGAACCUUCUUGGUAAUUUACGACUGAUUGGCAUUUCUCAACAUAUACACUUAUAGUACAGACAAAAUCUGCAUUACCAAAACUUUUAUAAAUCUGGUGAGAAUUUUUAGUAUGGUCUGGCCUACAAAAACAUUUACACACAACUUUACUAAAAGAUAAAUGAGGCCCAAUGAAAAUUAGACAAAACUUGGAUAUGCAGCACAUAGGAAUUUAAAGUACAAAAAAGCCAUUUAAAAACAUUUCUGCUAUUUCUAAAUUCAUUUAUAUCUUUUUAUUAAGCAUGUGUCAAGUCUGUCAACAUAUAGGGAGAGCCAUCAUUUAAAAAUAAUUUGAGUUCAACGAUAAAUGAUGGACAAAUAUGACACUGUUAGAAAUUGUGAGAAAUACUGGAAUAAAUCUAUAAAGCAGUCAACAGGAAAGCAGCUGCAUGUGUUUACUACAUUCAUUGUUGUUCUGUGUUAAUGUCUUACUGUAAGUGUAUGUGCAGAUAUAAAUCCAUGCAGGGACUCUGAGCAGAAUGGGAUUGUAUGGGGUUGAUGCAAGUCUGUGUCACCUCAUGAAAGGAACAAAAGAAAUAUGGGCUUGAACAGUGUUGGUUGUUUAAAUAAAUCAAAUAGAGCACAUGCUCAGACAUUUUCAGGUAGUACACAGAAGCUUUUUUUUCUUUUUAACUAAUUUAAUUUUCUACUACCAUUCCUCUCUUGCUUAACACUGGGUGUAGGUGGUUUACCUUUAUGCAGUUUUGCAUGUCUUGCAUUGCCCAUUUCCAAAUUACAUGUGGCAUAACAUUGUGCAUUCUGUGUAUUUUUAAAAAAAAAACUGUUACAUUAAAUGUCUGUGUAUGUAACUAGAUGCUUUUUUAUAUGAUGCUGUAAUUGUUGAUUUAUUUGCUUUCAAAUUAAUGGUCCCCAUUAAUACAUGUUUAUGGAAUCAUCUUGUUUCUGUUGAAUAUGCCCAUGAAAUCACCGAAAUAAAGAAAUAAUAAUAAAAAUGA